AUGAACAAUGAUAAUAUACCAAAAAAUACUUUGAUUCAAUUUGGAGGUGGUGCUCGAAUGUGCCCCGGACGGAAAUUUGGUACGAUUAUGAUUAAAGGAAUGAUGACAAUGUUAUAUAGAAAAUACGAAGUUGAGUUAGUGUGUGAAGAUGAUGUAAAAUAUUAUAGAGAUUAUCUUCUCGCUUAUUAUCAAGAUUUUAUUACAAAUCUCAAACCUAGAAAUAAUCAAAUCUCAUAA